UAGAGUGUUAAAUGAAUGCUUAAAGGAAUUAGAAAAGGCAACAAAGAAGACCACUAUGCUUUUAUCAUAAUCUUUAUAAGCGCAUAAACACUGGCGCAAAUGAUUUAUCAUCCUAAUUAAACAAACAACUUUUCACACAUGACCAUGCUACCUCAUUCAUUAACUAUGAUUGCAACACUAAUAAUCAUUUUUCUUGCACAAACACUUGUGGGGGUGAGUUCACUUCCUGAAGCUGAUAAAAUAACCAAUUUGCCGGGGCAGCCACGGGUCGAAUUUCAGCAAUAUUCUGGUUAUGUCACCGUGGAUGAUCAAAAUCAAAGAGCUUUGUUUUACUACUUUGUUGAGGCUGAAGAAAACCCUUCUUCCAAGCCAUUAGUCCUAUGGUUGAAUGGAGGGCCCGGUUGUUCAUCGAUUGGAGUUGGAGCUUUUGCUGAGCAUGGUCCUUUCAGACCAAGUGACAACAAUGUUCUUGAGAUAAAUGAUAAAAGUUGGAACAAAGUGGCAAAUGUGCUAUACUUGGAGUCACCAGCUGGUGUUGGAUUCUCUUACUCUAGCAAUGAAUCUUUUUAUGCCUUAGUGACAGAUGAAAUCACAGCUAGGGAUAAUCUUGUUUUCCUACAGCGUUGGUUCACUAAAUUCCCUGAGUACUCAAAUAACGACUUCUUCAUUUCAGGGGAGAGCUAUGGAGGUCACUAUGUUCCACAACUUGCACAACUUAUUGUUCAAACCAAGACCAACUUCAAUCUCAAGGGAAUAGCAAUAGGGAAUCCUCUUCUUGAGUUUAAUACUGAUUUCAACUCAAGAUCUGAGUACCUGUGGUCCCACGGACUGAUAUCAGAUUCAACAUACGAAGUCUUAACUAGAGUCUGCAACUUUUCCUCAAUUAGGAGACAAAUGCAAAAUGGGAAUCUUAGAGGGGUUUGUGGAAAAGCAAAUAAGCUAUUGGAUAGUGAGAUUAGCAACUAUGUAGAUGAAUAUGAUGUCACUCUUGAUGUUUGUUUGUCAUCAGUAAAUCAACAGGCUUAUGUGCUGAAUCAACUGCAAGAGACACAGAAGAUAGAUGUUUGUAUUGGUGAUAAAACAACUACAUACUUGAACACUAAAGAAGUCCAAGAAGCUCUGCAUGCUAAUCUUGUUGGAGUCGCCAAAUGGUCAACUUGCAGCUCAGUUCUGCAUUAUGAUUAUCAGAAUCUAGAAAUACCAACAAUUCCUAUUCUAGGGUCACUUGUUAACUCUGGCAUCAGGGUCCUAGUGUACAGUGGAGAUCAAGAUUCAGUGCUUCCAUUAUUAGGUUCGCGAUCUCUAGUUAACGGAUUAGCCAAGGAAAUUGGACUUGAUACAACCGUGGCCUAUAGAGCCUGGUUUGAGGGAAAACAGGUGGCAGGAUGGACACAAGUAUAUGGGAACAUCUUAUCAUAUGCCACCAUAAGAGGAGCAUCUCAUGAAGCUCCCUUUUCUCAACCACAGAGAUCACUCGGGCUACUUAAAGCCUUUUUGGAAGGAAAGCCACUACCUGGUGUUAAAUAAAAUACGAAUAGAUUUAAUUAACGCUAGGCGUUCUUAUUUGCUGCAAUAAAUAGAAAUGCUUCCAAAAUCCACACAGAAGCUUAUUAUUGCUAUAGGAUUACGAUUAUCUUAUGAUUGUUAUGUUCGUGCUCUACAUUUCUAUGCUUUGCUUUCUUUCCGAACAAUGUGCUAAAGGUGCACAGGAUGAAGGGAAGUACAAGGAUUAAAAAUUACAAUCAGCCAAAAAUAAACUAAAUCCAGAUAAUUGUA